AUGGUAUUUAUCGAUACCCAGAUUAAAGUUUUUAACCAUCAUCAUGCUUAAUAUGUCUCAUACAAUUCAACAUCUUAAAUCUUUAAUAGAUUUCAAAAUGAGUAACAUUCAUUUUGGGAAUUAUCGCAUAAAUAUUAUUAAACCAGACAAAAAAAUACUUUCUUUACCCAUAAUAUUAUAAAAUAAUAAACAUAAUUUAAGAAAUAAGAACUAAAGGCAAUUGAGCAUUCAAAGAGCUAUCUAGAGAGCAAUAAAGAAGAGCUUACGCAUGAGAGCUAUAAUAUUUUACUUUUAUAAAAAUAAAAAUAAAAAAAAUACAUUUAAAUAAAUAUAAAUCAAAUAAAUUUAAUUAAAUAAAAAUCAAAUAAAUUUAAAUAAAUAAUUAAAAAUAAAAUAAAAAACUAAGUGAAAAAAAAUAAUUAAAAGAAAAUAAAUAUAUAAAUAAAAAUAACAAUCAAAAUUAACAAAUCAAAGAGUUAAUUGUGA